AUGUACAGAGGCGUGUCUCGAGGAAGCACGGAGACGGGGCCAGAGGUGGAGGACGCUCUGCUCCUGCUCCAGCCGAUCCCCAAAGAGGAGGAGGAGGAGGGGGGGGGAUUACCAUGCGUCCGACCCGCUCUGGAGUGCCUCAUUCUGGGCACAGCGCGGCGCCGGCCUGGUCCCUGGUGCUCUAUUUACGGAGGAGCCGGGGAGAGAGUCCAGCGAAGUGGAGAGGAAGGGUAUCAUCUCCCCCUGGUCUUCCUCUGGUGUCUGCCCGGUGCAUACCAAUGGCAACCUCCUCGGCCCGGCCAAAAGUCACACCGCGGUUUCCUGAUGCCCGUUUGGAUCCAGACACGAAGCAGAGAGAGAUUCUACUGA